GGAGCCAAACCAAAAAUGCCAGGCCACACUCACCUUAACUCAAUCCGUAUAGAUGGGGACAUAUCUCUGGGUGGGCUGUUUCCGGUACAUGCCAGAGGGAAUGAUGGGAAAGCAUGUGGAGAGCUCAAGAAGGAAAAGGGAAUCCACAGAUUAGAGGCUAUGCUGUUCGCGUUGGACCGUAUCAAUAAUGACAACGAGCUGCUUCCUAAUAUCACUUUGGGAGCGCGGAUCCUGGACACAUGCUCUCGGGACACCCAUGCGCUGGAGCAGUCCCUGACGUUUGUGCAGGCUCUGAUUGAGAAAGACUCCACAGAUGUCAAGUGUCUCAGCGGUGGACCGCCAAUCAUCACCAAGCCGGAGAGAGUGGUGGGGGUGAUUGGCGCGUCAGCCAGCUCCGUGUCAAUCAUGGUGGCCAACAUCCUGCGACUCUUCAAGAUCCCUCAGAUCAGCUACGCCUCAACAGCCCCAGAGCUGAGCGAUAACACCCGAUAUGACUUCUUCUCACGGGUCGUUCCCCCCGACACCUACCAGGCCCAGGCUAUGGUGGACAUCGUCAAAGCCAUGCAGUGGAACUAUGUGUCCACAGUCGCGUCUGAAGGGAACUAUGGAGAGAGCGGAGUCGACGCUUUUAUCCAGAGGUCUCGAGAGGACGGUGGCUUGUGCAUCUCACAGUCUUUAAAAAUACCACGUGAACCCAAACUGAACGAGUUUGACAAGAUCAUCCGCCGACUGAGUGAGAACCCCAACGCCAGAGUUGUUAUCAUCUUCGCCAAUGAAGACGACAUCAAGCGACUGCUGCAAGCUGCAAAGAAGGCCAAUCAGACGGGUCAUUUCAUCUGGGUUGGUUCAGACAGCUGGGGCUCUAAAAUUGCCCCUAUCCUGAACCAAGAGGAAAUGGCAGAAGGUGCUGUUACGAUCCUGCCCAAGCGUCAGUCCAUCAAAGGUUUUGACCGAUAUUUCACCAGCCGCACGCUUGAAAACAAUCGCCGAAAUAUCUGGUUUGCAGAGUUUUGGGAGAACAAUUUCCAGUGCAAGCUAAGUCGACACGCUGUGAAGAAAGGAUCAGGAAUCAAGAAAUGCACAAACCAUGAGCGAAUUGGGAAAGACUCGUCUUAUGAACAGGAGGGAAAGGUUCAGUUUGUGAUUGACGCAGUGUAUUCCAUGGCCCACGCUCUGCACAACAUGCACAAAGACCUCUGUCCUGGAAAGGUCGGCCUCUGCUCCAAAAUGGACACCAUCAAUGGAACUCUGCUGCUCAAGUACAUUCGAGAUGUAAACUUCACAGGUAUAGCUGGCACACCUGUUGUCUUCAAUGUGAAUGGAGAUGCACCUGGUCGAUAUGAAAUCUACCAAUACCAGAUUGCAAAUGAAACAAUGGAGUAUAAGAUCAUUGGCCACUGGACUGAUCAGCUUCACCUUGAUAUCAAUGAAAUGCAGUGGCCUGGUGGAACACAAGACAUCCCCUCUUCCAUCUGCAGCCAGCCAUGUCGUCCAGGGCAGCGUAAGAAGAUAGUAAAGGGUAUUCCAUGUUGCUGGCACUGUGAGAACUGCGAUGGCUACCAGUAUCAAGCAGACACAUACACAUGCAAGAUGUGCCGUUUUGAUUUGAGGCCAAAUGAAAACCACACUGGCUGUGUGCCCAUCCCCAUUGUCAAAUUGGAGUGGAGCUCCCCGUGGGCAGUGAUCCCUGUGCUAAUUGCUGUACUAGGCAUCAUGGCCACCCUGUUUGUGGUGGCUACAUUUGUACGCUACAAUGACACACCUAUUGUGAAGGCGUCAGGCCGAGAACUGAGUUACGUUCUGCUGACAGGCAUCUUCCUGUGCUAUGCUACCACCUUCCUCAUGAUCUCCACCCCUGAUGUCUUUAUAUGCUCACUGAGGAGGAUUUUCCUCGGCUUGGGGAUGAGCAUAAGCUAUGCUGCCCUGCUGACAAAGACAAACAGGAUCUACAGAAUUUUUGAGCAGGGUAAAAUGUCAGUUAGUGCACCUCGGUUCAUCUCUCCAGCCUCCCAGUUAGUCAUCACAUUCAGCCUCAUAUCAGUGCAGCUCCUGGGCGUAUGCAUCUGGUUCGGAGUCGACCCGUCUCAAGCCAUCAUCGACUAUGAGGACCAGCGCACAGCCAACCCAGAGAUGUCACGUGGAGUCCUGAAAUGUGACAUAUCAGACCUGUCCCUGAUCUGUCUGCUGGGCUACAGCAUGCUGCUGAUGGUCACCUGCACAGUGUAUGCGAUUAAAACCAGAGGCGUUCCAGAGACCUUCAAUGAGGCCAAGCCCAUCGGUUUCACCAUGUACACUACGUGUAUAGUAUGGCUCGCCUUCAUCCCUAUUUUCUUUGGAACCUCACAGUCAGCAGAAAAGAUGUACAUUCAGACCACAACCUUAACCAUCUCUGUAAGCCUCAGUGCGUCUGUGUCACUGGGGAUGCUCUACAUGCCUAAAGUCUAUGUAGUUCUGGUUCAUCCGGAGCAGAACGUGCCCAAGCGCAAGCGCAGCCUGAAGGCAGUAGUCACUGCGGCGACCAUGUCCAACAAGUUCACCCCCAAAGGCGGUCUGCGGCCCAACGGAGAGGCUAAAUCUGAACUCUGUGAAAGUCUGGAAACACAAGUUCUGGCGUCCAAGCAGACAUACAUAAGCUACAGUAACCAUGCCAUCUAAGAACGAGACUCCACACUGAGGCGAGAGAUCAAGAGGUCUUCUGUGCUGGAGACAUUGGGGGAUUUCCAAGACUUGACUGAGCAGAAAGAGGAUGUCACAGUGAGAGACUUCAAAUGCCAAAAUGUAUACGAAUACGAGAGAUUAAUGGAUGCUGAUAAGGCAGACUGGACAGUUCAUUUUUCUCUUGCCACCCUUUGGAAGACAUGUGUAAGCUUUCUGAGUGCAAGUCAAGCAAACUACCUGGAGCCUACAGUAUGUUUUCCCUCUGAAGUUUUACAGCACACGCUUUCAGUUCUCGGCUGAGGCAUCUGACUUACUUCGACAAAAACGGAGGCGACUUCUGUUUUUGCUCGAGCCAAAUGCAGUUGACAAAGGAAACAUUAAAAGUCAUUAUUUUUGGAGCUGGAAGCUGCAGUACUCUUCAAACUGUACAUGCCUUACAGUACAUUGAGUUAAGCCACACAAUCAAGAGCCGUGGAUCAUUACAGUUUUGUUUUUUUUAAGUUUUUUCAUAAAACUGAUGAUGAUGAUGAUGACAACGCCAUCAUCUCUUGGCAAUCCUAGUGUACAGUCCCAGAGCAUGCUUGUGGGAGCGUCACGUGUACUGUGCUGUAUUGUCAAUGUCUAUGGAAUGCAACAUUUGUCACGGUUGUCAUUCACAAGUGGAGAUGUGGAGUCGGACCAUUUCCUCUCUGGGUUACACCUUCUGCCGAGUAAAAGACUCAUUUCAAGCACUAAAGGAGCAGUCGUACAAACCUUGAUGAUUCAUAUUUUAACAUCUCAUAUAUCUUGGUCCUUCUUUAUUAUGCUGCGAACAUUCUCAAGUCAAGUUGCCAAAAAGAGCUACAUUCCAUUCCCAGCAUACGGAUAAACAUUAUGACACAAACCACUGCAAUAUAUUUACUAGAUGUUCAAAUAAAUAUAUAUUACAAUGCUCAAAGUAUGCAUAAGAAGAGCAUGCUUAAUAAACAAGGACCUAUGUCUCAUCGUGUGCCUCAUAAGCUUCAUAACAUUAGUCCGUCCAUGGGUUCAUUCAUGGUGUUUUGAGUCGACCACAAUGGCCUCAGUGUACAAUCUCUCAAGGUGUUUCUGGUCACAUUCGUCCGUAACGCUGGACUCUGUCUCUUCAGCAAUGCAAAAAUCUGUAUGUUGCAUGUCCAAAAUCCAUAAAAAAGUCAUGUGACCAAUCUGAGAGAGCGGCAGGACGUCCAGAAGGAAAACUACUGCAGAG